AUUGCCGCACCUUCGAUCCACGUCAGUGCUAGUUUAGCAGACUAGACGAGCGAGCUUCCGCCUAUUCGUCCUGCAAAUACCCGAGAGUUGUCGAUACUGUGAGGAAAGGUACCCUAUCGCUUCCGUGGUGAUUUCGUCGUGGCGAAAACCGCUCAGGCCGUGUUUGCCAAUUCCUCUAGUCUCAGCGCAUUACAUCGUUUAGGAACUAUUAAACGAUCCCCAAUCCGCUGCGUCCAAUUCGUCGUGUCGCGACUUUUAACGUUAAUCGCACGCUCCUAGCGGACUAGUCAAAAUGCGUAGAAUGGAUUUAAUCAGACCACUAUUCGCCUCAUUCUAGUAAAAUUGACCUCGCGACAUGCCGAUCAGGAACGUUCUGCUAUUGAUUCGACUUAUGGGGCCUUAAUUCAGAUCAAUACUCGGCCUUAUCCUAGUGGAUUUGACCUAGUGUCACGCCGAUCAGGAUCGUGUCGUGAGACCCUUCGAACAGCUCAACGCGAUGCAGAAUUCAACGGUAGCUUGCAUCGGGUGAACUUUUGAGUUGACUCAGAAGUCAACGGCCACGCGAUGCAUAUCCUCAACGGUAGGAUGCCUCGGGUGAACUUCUGAGUUGUAGACAAAAGUCAACAUUUCUGGCUAAGCACGAUGCAGAUCGUCAACGGCAGGCUGCGUCGGGUGAACUUCUGAGUUGUAGACAGAAGUCAACAUUUGAGUCGACUCAAGAGUCAAUAGUUUCGCUAAGCAAGAUGCAGAUCGUAAACGGUAGUUUGCCUCGGGUGAAGCGGCGGAGCAAGCCGGCGAGUUCCUCGGAGCGGCUAUGGACGCUGAUGGUCAUUUGUGGGACCAUGCUCUUCUUCGUCUUCCUCCUCAUCCUCUCAGGCACGUCGCCCAAGAGCGAGCAGACAGCACCAGUGCUGGAGGUGGGAACAGCUCCGGACAGUGCGCACCAGCACAUAGCCGAUGCAGACGAUCAGGGAACCAGUAGCGGAAGCCACGACGGGAGGGAGCAGGCGGCUCCUUCUGGCGGGCAGCUCCAGAAUUUUUCAGGCGUGAUGGCGAGCAUGCUGAGCAGCAACGAGCCAUUCACGCUGUUUGCACCCACAGACGAGUUUUUUCUGGACAUCAGCAGCACAUUCCACAAGUACCCUAGAACAAAAGAGAUGGUUGACCCCAUGCUAAGUCGAGCCGUGGGGUAUGCGUCCGUGCCUCGCCGAAUGGCUGCGGCUGACGUGCCUCUAGGGGCGUUUGAGCGGCUGGAGUCAAUCUCGGGGUUCAUAAUUAACGUGGGGAGGGACCCGCGCACCGGCAGGAUCUUCGCCAACGGUGUACCCAGCAAGCAGGUGGACAUACACGAGGGCCAGAUGGUGGUGCACCUCAUCGACGGCAUGCUAGGCCCGCUCGAUUUCGUCGAAUCGGUGCGCAGCAUGGACCCUGAUGACGUCAGCAUGGAGGCCGCCCUAGAGCAGGAGUUCAACUCGGGGGCGUUUGUGAGGGGCAGUGAGAGCAGCGGGGGAGGGGGCGGGGGAGGGGAAGCGGGAGGAGGAGGAAGUGGUGUGGGGGAGGGGCAUGGUACAGGACAGGGAGAGCAGAAGCUGCAGCAGGAGGGGCAGCAGCAGGGGCAGCAGCAGGAGCAGCAGCAGGAUGAUCGAGAAGAGAAGCAGGGUAUAUCAGAAGAGAAAGUGGUGGAUCUGACUGCUGCUGUUGCUGCCUCCGCUGCUGCUGCUGCUGCUGUCGGCCUUGGUGGGGGGGGUGGAGGAGGAGAGGGGGGUGCAGGUGAACAGGGCUUGGAGCAGCAGGGCGUGAUAACGGGAACAGAAGCGGGUCACUCUAUAGAGGGACAAGGAGAAACGCUAAGUGCUGCUGGGAAUGCAACAGCAGGAGGGCAGGGGGUUGACAACAAGGAAGGUGAUAACAGCGGGAGCUCCAGCAGCAGCAGCAGUGGGAAGCCAGGCCCCAGUCUUGACAGUGAUGAUCGGAACAGGGACGAGUUUGUGCAUGAAGGGAACGAGCUUCUAGAGGCAAACGAGGCAGACAAUAUCGAGGAAGAAGCCGGGGAGGAGGGGCCUGGGGGAGAGGGGGCGGGGGGAGGGGGGGAAGGGGGAGCAGGAGGGGCAGCAGGGGCUGGUACGGGGGGGAAUAGCACAGGGUCUAAAGCGGUCACUGCUGGGUUUGGUUGGAAGAGGCUCUAUGCGGGGCUGCCAGGGGUGGUGCUUUGGCAAAAGCAGAAUACAACUGGGGCGGAUGGGGGAGGGGGAGGGGGAGGGGGAGGGGGAGGGGGAGGGGGAGCGGGAGGCAGUGGUGGGGGUAGUGGGGGGAACGGGGAGGGCGGGGGUGCAGGGAGUGCUGGGCCCGGGAGUGGGUUUCAGUGGUUUGGGUUCGGAAAGGGGGGCGCAGGUUCCAAGAAGGAGCCGGAGGAAGACCCUGUGGAUAAUCUGCCGGUGCUAAGGCCAGAAGUGAUUGCUCUGGAGCAGGUGCGAGAAGAGGAGAAGGCAAAGCCUGGAGUGGAGGUGGAUUUCAGAGGAGCACGCAAGGGCGCAUCCAUUAUCGAGGUGCCUCCCCCUGUGGACCCCUCCAAGCUACCGUGUCUUGGCAGGGGCAGGGUGCAGGCGGAUGGCAAGUGCCUGUGCUCCGUGCUCUAUGGGGGCGACAACUGCGAGGAGACACGCAACACCGACAAGCUGACAGUAGACCCCUACGUGGGCAGCUACCUGCUCACAGCGCAGGCACUGAUGGCUCCACCACCGCCAGGGGCGGGGGAUCAGGGGGGGAGUGGAGGGGGAGGAGGGGGAUCCGCCGGGCGAUCUGCCAUGCUGCUGGAAGGGCUGUCGAUUGAGGAGCGGAGGGAGCUGAGAGCCGUCCUGCCGUUGAAUGACAUCUACCAGACCACGGUGUGGGACUCGUGUGCCGUGGUGGGAAAUUCGGGCUCGCUGCUUCUGAGAGAGGAUGGGGAGGAGAUAGACAAGCACGACAUGGUUAUGCGCUUUAACACGGCGCCCACCAAGGGAUACGAGAGGCAGGUGGGGAAGAAGACCACCUUUCGCCUGAGUGUCCCUGACAAAGCAGGAUUCAGAGAGGGCAACGAGACGGUGGUAUACCACCUGUACCUGAGGGGCGUCAAGACGGAGCUGGAGCAUCUACUCAAGUUCAAACGCGUCUUCAGAGAAGGGCCGCUCUAUGUGCUGGACCUGGGGUUCGAGUCUCAGAUCUUCAACACCUUUGGCGCCUUCACGUCCGUGGGAUACGUGGGGAUUCAGUUCGCCCUGCAGAAGUGCCACCACAUCGACUUGUACGGUUUCUUUCUAAGCGAGGGGCACGGCGUGCGGCACCACUACUACAAUAAAGACGAGCAGAAGCCGUCCCACGUGACGGGCGAGCAGCUCGACCGGGAGUUCGUGCAGAGCAUCGAGAUCGCUGACACUGAACUCAUGUGGAUUGCUGACCCGUGCCUCUACGAUUGCCGGCGCUCCAUCCAGCGCUGCAGCAUGUGCAUGAGGAUAUCAGUGGACGAGCUGAGCCAGAAGACAGAGUGGUCGACCCAGCAGCUGGCCUUGAACGCGCGCAGGGAGCAGCGGUGGCGGGAGUUUCUCAAGUGGGAGAACAUAGUGCGGGACGAGCUCAAGAAGAGCGUGCGGCUGCAGUUCCAAAUGCAGGCGGAGCAGCGACGGAUGAGGAACUCUGGCUCCCGCACGGAUGGGGUUUUGGGGGAGGGGGAGGUGAGGGGGAUGCAGGGGGAGAGUGAGGAUGAGUAUGAUAGCAUUGACUGGGAGCGGGUGGUGGUUGAAGACAUGUUAGAUAAGCUAUCGAUGCACGAGGUGUUACUGUACUUUAGAAGAAACCACCUCACUAUCCCGGACACGCGGGCGCAGAUGCUUCAGGCGGUGAAGGCGCAUUAUUUCUUCCUGAGAGGGGAGUUGCAGAAGCAGAAGAACAGGCUGUAUCGGCCGUCAGACUGACAGGCCUGGCCUCAUGCUUUCCCCUUUCAGUGUUCCCUUUUGUGAUUGUAGUAUUGUGGUGAGUGUAGCAGUUUUUUUUGUUUCUUGCCCCCAGCUGUUUGUGAGUGGGAAGUAUUUAGAUUGUAUUCUCCAAAUGUGAAUCCUCUUAAAGUGGGGCAUGUUCCAGCCAAGUAUUGUGAAAGCUUGCUUGGGUCAUGGCAAAGGCAG